AUGAACGCACCUCUUCCUUCUACGCGGGCAUUCCUCUCCGAUCUACCUUCUCUUCCAGUUAGCUCGAAGGUCCGAUUUCUCGGUUGCGUGAGGACAUACAACAUCCAAACGGGGCAUCUCAUCCUUGAACACAACUAUCCGCGUCAGAAACCACCGCAGGAACCACCCUCUGUUGCCGUUGAUAUCAACGCGGUGCUGGAGACAGUCACCUCGCAGGAGCUGUCCGUUGGCGCGUGGGUAAAUGUGCUCGGCUAUGUAAGGAGAUAUAGGAGAAGUGAUGAUGAUUCGGUUGUUUCAGAAUCAAAUCCCAACCCAGUGUAUGUGGAAGCCGUGAUGGUGUUCCCAGCUGGCGCCGUGGCGUUGGGAGAGUAUGAGCGAAUCCUGCAGGAAGCGUUGGGCGUGGAGAGGAGGGUACGGAGGACAGGGUGA